UGUUUCUGGUUAGCCUCGGUUUCAUUAUAUUAUUAUUACCGUACUCAAUUCUAUAAAAUAGUUAAGUAACAAUCACUGACGUUUUUACUCACCUCCUAUAACGUAUCUUUGAACGUGUGAUUUGUUUUAUGAGCUAAGUAUAAACUGUUUCAUACAAAAUAAAAUUUAAGUUAUUGGUUGAGGUUAUGUUUUUUGUUCAGGCAAGAAGCAGAAGAAGAUUUAACAAUAUCUACCAUAGUUUUAAGGUGGCAAGCCUAGGAUGACCCUUACUCUAGGCCGCAAGUUGGCCUAUGGCGUGGGUCAUGUGUUCAACGACCUUUGCGCCUCCAUGUGGUUCACCUAUACACUCAUCUUCUUCAACAAAGUCAUCCUCUUCAGCAGCAGUCUUGCAGGCAUAGUUGUGCUAACAGGACAGAUCGCCGAUGGACUAGCAACACCGUUUGUUGGAUAUUUCUCCGAUCGAGGUGACGACUUUUGGAUUUGCAAGUACGGACGGAGGAAAACAUGGCAUUUGAUAGGCACGCUGUGCGUGGUGGCCAGUUUUCCGUUCAUCUUCACGCCGUGUCUGGGCUGCGAAGACAGCGACUCUUGGGCCCAGAUGAUCUACUACUCCGCGUUUGUCAUCAUCUUCCAGUUCGGCUGGGCGUCUGCGCAGAUCUCUCACUUGUCCCUGGUGCCCGAGUUGACUCCGGACGAACACGAGAGGACCUCACUUCUUGCCAUUAGAUAUAGUUUCACCGUAAUCUCAAACAUUGUGGUCUACUUACUUUUGUGGAUAGUUCUACAAGUUGACAGUAAUAACCCUGACGCUCCCAUCACACCUAAGGACACCGGCAAAUUCCAGGUUGUGGCCUACACUGUGGUGGCGCUGGGCUGUGUUACGUCGUUCGUCUUCCACACGGGAGUGAAGGAAACUCAGCGGGAGACGCUGCUGCCCCACGAUGAGCUCGGCAUUCCUGGCUCUAGACAAGAAUCUGUCUCUAUCUCUCCUUGGGGACUGUUUGGGAAAAUACGACUGUACCAGGUUGCAGUAUUGUACAUGGCCACUAGACUGUUUGCCAACAUCAGCCAGACAAUUUUCCCUUUGUAUCUCCACGAUGUGCUUCACCUCGGAGGUCAGAACAUUGCGAUUCUGCCUCUCGUCAUGUAUGCUUUCAGCUUCCUCAUGUCCACGCUGAUCAAACCUCUAAACAAAAAAUGCGGUCGUAAGGUGGCCUUCUGUUUCGGAGCUGCUGUCGGUGUUGGAGUGUCCAUCUGGGUGAGGGUGGGAGAGGGGGAAUUCUACACAUCGUACUUGAUCUACGCCGUCGCUGGACUCUACGGAAUAACGUCGUCAGCCUUGCUAGUUACAAGUCUAGGAAUCACUGCAGAUCUGAUUGGACAUGAUCUCAACAAUGGAGCUUUCAUCUACGGACUCAUGAGUUUCUGUGAUAAACUGUCAAACGGAGCGUUAGUCAUGGUCAUUCAAACAUGGACGUGUUGGCCAACAUGUGCGACACAUUAUAGAGAGUCCCUCUCAUACGUGUGUGGUGGAGCAGCUUUGUUGGGAGCUGUAGCCGUUAUGUCACUUUGUAAUACGCCCACCACAGAAGAACUCGAGGAAGAUCAAAAUAAGAGAAGUGAACGACAAGAAGAAACUAGAGAAAAUGUAAUCUCAGUGAACGCUUAAUCCUAAUAGUAUAUAGAAUUCUUAAGAAGUAUUGAAAACAGGUUAUUAUAUUGUACAAGAUAGUUUACUUACAUUCCCUUGUCCCGGUUAGUAUUGCAGAUUAGAUAUUUGAACACACAGUGUUAUUUUUUUAUUAUGAGAGUAUUAUCAGUGUCAUAAUUUGCAAAUGUUUGUUGCUCAAACUUUUACCAUUAGUGAUUUAGAUAAACUAAAUAUUUUUAUUAUUAACUAGACAAUUAUUUUGUUAGUUUAGCAGAACCGUUUAGUAAUUGUAAAUAUAAAUGCAUGAAUCAUUCCAUCAUCUAAUUCAUAACACUUUUUAAAAUCUAAAAAGAAAAUUUUAUAAUAAAAUAACAAACUAGUUUUGUUCUUUUUUCCUAAAAGGACUUUAAGCUUUAAACAUAGGAUCUACCAUCUCAGAUUGAUUUCUGUUAUUAUACGAUAUUCUGUAACAAUUAAUUAGUUUUAAGAUAUAGUUUUACAUAUGAGUUGUUAUGUUUUUUAUCAGUUUAGAGUUUAUCCUUUGUGUGCAAUAUUUGAUUGAUAUAUUUAUUUUUAUAUGUAACUUUGUUUGAGUUUUCAGGGUAAUUUGUAUUUUAUAUGUGAACUUUAAUAGCUUUAUGGUUAUUGUUAUAUUGUAUAUUUUAUAAUAACGUUAACUUAUUUGUUUUAAACUCACAGGUAUGACUAUGAAUUCUGUUUUUAGUGUUUGGCACACACAUUAUUUAGGGUGUAAUGUUGGUUGCAUUUAAAAAAAAUUAGGUACCAAAGUUUUGUCAAAAUAGAAUUGUAAUUUUCUUGAAUGAUGAUGAUUUUCUGGACCUUUUAUUCAAAGUAAUAUUUUUAUAUAUAUUUAUAGUUUCAUCAGGGUCACUUCCAAGUUAGUUUUUCUUCUAAGUCUGUAUUUAUCAUUGUUUGUGUGAUUAAAGAUUCAUUGUUAGUGUCAAUUACUAUUAAGUCAUCGCCCAUUUUACUGUGGUGCUGUGAUUCUGUGAUAAUUAAAUUUAUUUA